AUGGGCUCAAUGCUGUCCCUGACCCCCGCUGCCGACGCCGCCGCCAGCGCCGACGCCGAACUCCGGGUGACGCCGGCCUCGGCGCCGAUCACCAAAACACCACCAACAGCGAAUGAAGGCGACGAUGGGGUGCCAGCGCCGCCGACACAAGCACCGCAGCAGCAGCAGCAAUUAACGCCGCCGCCGUCUCCCCCGCCCAAUACCUACGCCUUCCCCACGAGCAAGCUCAAGCGCCGCCUCACGCAGCCCGGCAAGACGCCGCUCGUGCUCGUCGCCUGCGGCAGCUUCUCGCCCAUCACCAAGCUACACGUGGAAAUGUUCGCGCUGGCGGCCCGUCAUGUCCCGGGGACCGAGUUUGAGAUUGUCGGCAACUAUCUGAGCCCGUGCAGUGACGCCUACAACAAGGCCUCCCUCGUGCCCGCCCACCACCGCCUGCAAAUGUGCGCCCUCGCCGUCGACAGCCUCGGCAUCCACGUCGACGACUGGGAGGCCACGCGCGUCGACGCCGCCGGCCGCCCGCUCUACAGCCGCACCGCCGACGUGCUGCGCCACUUUGACUCGGCCGUCAACGACGUCCUCGGCGGCAUCGUGAGCGCCGACGGCACCGCCCAUCUGCGCGCCCGCAUCGUCCUGCUCAUCGGCGCCGACCUCGCCCUGACCAUGAGCAACCCGCGCGUCUGGGCCCCCGCCGACAUUGACGUCCUGCUCGGCUACUACGGCGCCUUUGUCGUCGAGCGCCCGCACCAGUGCGACGUGCGCGACGCCAUCGCGCCGCUGCGCAAGUACAAGCAUAAUAUUUGGGUCGUUGACGCCUUUGAAAACGACAUCAGUUCGACAAAGGUCCGCGCCCAGAUACAGAACCGCGAGCAGUCAAUGGACAUUCCCGGCGCUGUCUUCAAGUAUAUCAAGCUACAUCGUCUAUACCUCGAGUAG